AUGAGUCUCACUCAGACAGCGCUGUCGCUUCCAUCUCCACACGGGAGUAUCGGACGUGACGUAAGACGACAAAACGACUGUCCAAGCAGAGGAAGUAGCUCCAGUGAAUCAAGUUUCAGUACAUACACAAGCAAAGAUCCUAGGGAGUCUGGCAUUCUCCACGAUCAGCCGGAUCCUUUCUUGUCACAAUAUUUUAAGCCAAAUAAUGAAAAGCAAUCUAUGAGUAAGCAUCAGCUCUAUUUUGAUUCACUUAACACACAAAGAAAAUUCAAACUGUUGGAACUAUACAAAACAUAUUUAAAUCUUGAUGAUAGAAAAAAGACUGAAUUCAAGUUUGAAAGGCGUGUUCCUCAUCCCAUUAAAGAAUCUCCUUCUUUAGGAAAGACUCUGCCGAAGAUAUCCUCAAUAUUGCCUUCAUCUCACAUUGCGACAACUAAGACUACUUCUUCAGUUCCCCCAGUUCUUAAAUCCCCUUCCAUCGCAGAAGUUACAAAAGUUUUGUCAACUGAGUUUGUCGAGUGUGAAAUCGAUGAUCUAAUUACUUUAAUAUCAAGGAUGUUGUUGUCACUAGUUACUUUGAAUGAUAAGCUGGUACCACUCUCCAUUUCUCUGCCAAAUUCGUCUAGCACAGCUUCAGCAAACAGCUUAUUGACGAGAUAUCACUCAAGAAUCCCUCCAAGUAUAUCUAUCAAGACAUACUUGAUGAGGUUGACCAAAUUUAAUAACUUCACUCCAGCAACUUUAUUGACGACGAUUUAUUAUAUUGAUUUAUUGUCACUCCAUUAUCAACCAUAUUUCACUUUAAACUCUUGGACUGUUCAUAGGUUCUUGUUGGUCGGAACGAUGCUUUCGCAAAAGCUGAUGGAGGACUUUUUUUACACAAAUGAUCAUUACGCAAAAGUUGGAGGUGUUGCAGUUGGGGAGUUGAACUGCUUAGAGUUAGAUUUUCUUUCAAGAGUCGAAUGGAAAUGCGUACCUACAAAACAACUCGAAAAUGGGAAGACUUCCAUAAGAUAUGUAAAGGAAGUUUUAGAUUUGUAUUAUACCCAAUUAAUUCAGCUAAUGGGAAAAAACACGAAUAAGGAUGAUGACUGUGUAUAUAUAUCAUCGAAUGUUUCAGCUUAUGAUUCUGAUAUUUCAGUCGACUCCCUUGACGAAGAUAAUGAUCCAGAAGAUAUCAAUGACUUGAAGUACGGAAGCCCAAAAAGUUACCAGCCAAAAAUAGAUGAGAUAUAUAAUUCUCGUGGCGUUACUAAAAAUGGAACGUCGUCUCCUCAUUUAAAAAGACGAUAUCCUGAUGAAUAUCCUGAUGACUAG